AUGUUCAGACGCAACACUUCUCUCGCGGUAUUUAUCGCUGUAAUCGCUGUUCAGGUUGUGUCCUUUCGUAAUAUAUCAGCAGAGCCUUCAAUCUGUAACAAGGCUGAAGAGUGCUAUGUGGAUGGUUCAUCUUCAAACUUAUGUAAUCGAUCAGAGAAGAAGUGCGAUCGGUGUAUUAGUGAGAUGGAGAGCGACUCAUUAUGGACGACGAUUGGUUUUUCUACUAAUUACGCGUGUUACGCGUUCAACGAUGAUGGCGAUUGUCCGUAUGGCACGACCAAGUGCUCAGCAAAGAUGCAGGCAUCGGAGACCACAGAGACCACAGAGACCACAGAGACCUACGAGAACAGCACACAAGGUAGUGAUGCUAAAGGCACGUUUGUUGAAAACAGUCUACAGUCAAACUUGUCGGCGAACUCGAGUAGAAUGAACAACAAAUCGUCUACUUUCAGUGACUUAAACGAAUCGACAGCCAGCAGUAUAUUAAUUCCAAAGAACAAAAAAGUGACCUUGACGACCCCGGAGGAUACGAGCAGUAGUGGCAGUAUGCUUAAGUCACCUAAAUUAAAACCGAUUCAAAUGGAACCGGAAGAGUCAGAAUACGAACAGGAGUCUCCUGAAAGCUCAACCAGCGAUUCUAAAGGCGAUGUUCUCGAGUCGGACACGAUCAAAACUGAUGAAACGGGGAAUGGCUACUCAGCAGUACAACAUCAGAUUGAAACGCGUAGUGCCAAAAACGUGAUGUCGGACCGGGAGAGUGUGAGUGCCACUGUGGCGCCUGUCAUUCCAAAACAAUCAGAAGAAGCACUUGUGGAAUCAACACCUGUCGAAAGGAAAGCCGAUCGAUCAAAUAUGUCAAGUGGAAACAACAGUUCCGUUAGUAACCAAAUGGGUUUGAUCAUUGGGGUCGUAGGUGGUGCUGUCGUAUUGAUAGCUGUGGCUGGAUUUGUUGCGUGGAAGAGGAAAGAUGAAGAUGAUGACUCUGAUGACGACGACUCAGCGUUCUCACCAACAAAGCCAGCUGCGAAUCAGGGAAUGGCUGCACCAUAUUCUGUGUCUAAUGCAACCACAGCGUACUCAACGAAUGCAACGUAUCCAUCACAGCCUCCAAAUGAUGCGCAUAAUUAUGGGAAUCAAUACAGUAAUCCGUACAAUAACAAAAAUUACGACGGAGGAAGUUACGCGAAUAAUUAUCAUGGCAAUUCGUCCAAUCAGUAUCCUGUUCCUUCUGGCUAUGGUAGUCCCGGGUCAAUUGAUAUGGACGACGAACAACUACGUCGGACGGACAGCAUUUUAGGUGGCACGGGCGUUAUGUUGAGUACCAAAACUGGUGGAGCUCCAUUUGCGCUUAGUGGCGGACCCAGUCCGACGUACAGCGAUGCAAGUGAUGACGCACGGGACAAAGAAAGAAAGAAGACUCGUCACAAACGCACUUCGUCGGUCGAGUUUUAG